AUUGUGCUCAUUGGCUCCAAUUGGAAUUGCGAUUGCAAUUGCAGUCAAUCAAAUUGGUUUCAUCAAUUCCAGCGCACAGAUGUCGCUUUUGACUUUGCUGCUCGGUCUGUUUGUCUGCCUGUGCCUGGGGCUGUGGCACCUGCGUCAGCGCCUGCAACUGGGCUGUAGCCUGCCUGGACCCUGGGCCAUGCCCGGCUUAGGCAAUGUCCAGAUGAUUGGCAAACUGAAGCCAGAGUUUAUAUUUCUGGUGUUUACAGAGCUGCGCGAACGCUUUGGCGCCACCUAUCGCCUCUGGCUGGGACCUCAGCUGUGGGUGUUUCUGCACAGCGCCGAGGAGACGCGCCAGGCACUGCACGAUCCGACGCUGCGCAAAGCGGACACCUUUCAGCAGCUCUCACCACUCAUUGGCAAUGGCCUGCUGAUCAGCCAUGGCAGCGAGUGGAUGGCACAGCGUCGGCUGCUAACGCCCGCCUUUCAGCCGCAGCUGCUGCGCAGCUUUGCGCCUGCGUUGUCCACACAUGCGGAGCGCCUGCUUCACCGGCUGCAGCGAACAGGCGGAGAUGCCAUCGAGGUAACGGAUUACCUUUUCGCCUGUCUUCUGGACUGCAUUGUGGACAACUCAAUGGGCUAUGCGCUGGACACGCAGCUGGCCGAGCACUCGCCCAUUGUGAGCGCCUUUCAUCGCAGCAGUGAGCUGCUGUUCAAGCGCAUGAUUAAUCCUCUGCUGACCUCCGAUUUUGUGUUCAAGCGUACGCGACUUUGGCGCGAGCUGUGCGUUCAGCUGCGGGUGAUUCACUCGCACAUGGAUCGAAUUAUCGAGCAACGCGAGAAGCAGCUAAUGGCAGAGCAGCAGCAGCAGCCAGAGCAGGAGCGGCGACCUCGCAUACUCUUGGAUGCAAUGCUGCUGGCGGGGCUGAGCCGUCAGCAGAUACGCGACGAAGUGAACACAUUUGUCUUCGCUGGCGUGGACACUACCACGGCGGCCAUGGGCUUUGUGCUCUAUGCCCUGGCCAAGCAGCCGUCGGUGCAGGAGCGCUUGCACACCGAACUCUCUCAGCUGCCACCAGAUGGCGCCACGAGCCUGGAUGCUCUCAAUGGGCUUGACUACCUGGAUGCCGUGCUCCAGGAGACUCUGCGCAUGUACACCAUAGUGCCCAGCACGGGCCGCCAGACGACCCGAGCCACGACGAUUGGCGGGCGACGCUACUGCGCCGGCGUCACCCUAUGGAUCAACAUGUACGGCCUGGCGCACGACGCCAGCCACUUCGCAGCGCCAUACGAGUUUCGGCCAGAGCGCUGGCUGCAGGCGCGGCAGCAGCCCGCUCCCUUUAGCUACAUACCCUAUUCGGCUGGGCCACACGUGUGCAUUGGCCGCCGCUACUCGCUGCUGCUGAUGAAGCUGCUCACCGCUCGCAUUGUGGCGCACUUUCGCCUGGAGCUGAGCCAGCCACUGGAGCCGCUUGUGCUGCAGGCCCAAAUGGUGCUGCGCGCCCGGGAUGGCAUUCACAUUAAAUUUGUGCCGCGCGGAGGUGUAUAAAUACGAAACGACCCAUAUAUAC